CAGCUUCAUUGUUGUGAAGAAUCUUAAAGGGGCCGCAUCACCCGGCCGGCCGGGCGCGGGCGGGGUGGGUGCGGCAGGGGUCCCGGGGCGGCCAAGAGCAGAGGAAGGACAGGAAAGCAGGCAGGGGCCGAGGGCGCCGGCGAAGCGAAGCGGGCACUGACAGACCCCCAAGCAGGCCCCGCCCCGGCCCCGGCCCGGCCGAUGGACCCCCCGGCGGCCAAGCGGAGCCGGGGCUCCCCCGCGGGACCGGAGGAGCGAGACGCCGGGGCCGGGGCGGCGCGCGGCCGGGGCCGACCCGAGGCGCUACUGGACCUCAGCGCCAAGCGAGUGGCGGAGAGCUGGGCCUUCGAACAGGUUGAGGAGCGCUUCUCCCGGGUCCCGGAGCCCGUCCAGAAGCGCAUCGUGUUCUGGUCGUUCCCGCGCAGCGAGCGGGAAAUAUGCAUGUACUCGUCGCUGGGCUACCAGCCUCCAGAGGGUGAGCAGGACACCCGGGUGCCCUUCACCCGUGGGCUGCAGCUGUUGCAGAGCGGGGCUGUCGAUCGUGUGCUGCAAGUGGGCUUCCACCUGAGCGGGAACGUCCGGGAGCCAGGGGGCCCCGGGGAGCCCGAGCACCUCCACCACGUCUCCAUCAGCUUCGACCGCUGCAAGAUCACAUCCGUGAGCUGCGGCUGCGACAACCGAGACCUCUUCUACUGCGCCGUGGUGGCCCUCUCGCUGUACCGCAUCCGGCACGCCCGGCAGGUGGAGCUGCGCCUGCCCAUCUCUGAGACGCUCUCCCAGAUGAACCGGGACCAGCUGCAGAAGUUCGUGCAGUACCUCAUCAGCGCCCACCACACGGAAGUGCUGCCCACCGCCCAGCGCUUGGCUGACGAGAUCCUGCUGCUGGGCUCUGAGAUCAACCUGGUGCAUGGCGCUCCAGACCCCACAGCAGGUGCCGGCAUCGAGGACGCCAACUGCUGGCACCUGGAUGAGGAGCAGAUCCAGGAGCAGGUGAAGCAGCUGCUGUCCAACGGUGGCUACUACGGGGCCAGCCAGCAGCUGCGCUCCAUGUUCAGCAAGGUGCUGCAUGGACAUGGGAAGCGGAUGCUGCGGAUGCGGGACUCGAAUGGGGCGCGCAUGCUCAUCCUCAUGACUGAACAGUUCCUGCAAGACCCGCGCCUGGCCCUGUGGAGCCAGGGUGCCGGCAUGACGGACAAGUGCCGGCAGCUGUGGGACGAGCUGGGGGCCCUCUGGGUCUGUGUCAUCCUGAGCCCCCACUGCAAACCAGAGGAGCGGGCAGGCUGGCUCCAGUUGCUUGGCACAUGGGACAAGCUGGACAUGUGUCCACUGGAAGAGGGCAACUACUCCUUCGAUGGCCCCAGCCUGCAGCCCACCAUGACCCCCAGCCCAGGCCCAGAGGAAGAGGAAGAGGGGGAGGUGGCGGCCACGGGUUCCCGCCACACGGUAUUUGGCCGCGCCCUGCAGGCGGGAGAGCUGCACUGGGGAGACUCGCACCUGCAGCGGAUCCUGGCCAGCGACACCUACAGCCCCGGCCUCACGGGCACCAUGGGUGGCGACAAGUCGGCCUUCGACCCCCAGGGCCGUCCACUCUGGCUGGGUGAGCCUUUCCCAACUGCUUGCGCCCGUGUGGACACCCUGCGUGCCCAUGGGUAUCCCCGCCAGGCCCUGCGGCUGGCGGCUGCCAUCGUCAACACGCUCCGGCUACAGCGGCGGCAUCAGCUUGAGAGCUACAAGCAGCAGAAAAAAGAGUUGCUCCAGAAAGGUGCCACCUUCAUCACCAACGCCGAAGGCUGGGUGGGCCACCCCCUGGACCCCAUUGGCUGCCUCUGCAGGGCGCUUCUGGAGGCCUGUCGCCUGGAGGAGGAGACCCUCUCCCUUUACCCAGACUCAGGACCCGAGAAGCGGAAGGUGGCCUACCAGCACGUGCCAGUGCCCGGGAGCCCUGGGGAGUCCUACCUGGCGCUGGCACUAGAGGUGGCACUGCUGGGGCUCGGGCAGCAGCGGGCCCUGCCCGAGGGGCUGUACGCCCAGGACAAGGUGGUGCGCAGUGAGGAGCAGCUGCUGGCGCUGCUGGAGGAGGUGGACCUGGAUGACAGGCUGGUGCAGGUGCUGCGCAAGCAGGCAGGGCUGCUGCUGGAAGGAGGUCCCUUCAGUGGCUUUGGAGAAGUGCUUUUCCGGGAAAGCGUGCCAAUGCACACCUGUGCCCGCUACUUGUUCACCGCGCUGCUGCCCCAUGACCCCGACCUGGCCUAUCGCCUGGCACUCCGAGCCAUGAGACUGCCGGUGCUGGAGACUGCACUUCCGGGAGAACCCCAUCCCAACCCGCUGGACUCCAUCACGAGCAACCGCUUCCCCCGCUGGUUCAUCCUCGGCCACCUGGAGACCCGCCAGUGUGAACUGGCCUCCGCCAUGCUGACGGCAGCCAAGGGAGACCCCAAGUGGCUGCACGUCGUCCUGGGCUCCAUCCAGCAGCACAUUCAUUCACCCGCUCUGCUCUUCAAGCUGGCGCAGGACGCCUGUAAGACGGCCACCCCGGCCGGCGCGCCACCAGACACCACGCUGCUUGGCAUCGCGCUGGAACUGGGCCUGCAGGUGAUGCGGAUGACUCUGAACACCAUGACCUGGCGGAGAAGGGAGAUGGUGCGCUGGCUGGUCAGCUGUGCCACGGAGAUCGGCCCUCAGGCGCUGAUGAACAUCAUGCAGAACUGGUACUCCUUAUUUACGCCGGUGGAAGCGGCCACCAUCGUGGCGGUGACCGGCACCACGCACGCCACGCUGAUGCGGCUGCAGCUGGACACAGCGCGGCGGGAGGAGCUCUGGGCCUGCGCGCGCACCCUGGCCUUGCAGUGCGCCAUGAAGGACCCUCAGAACUGCGCCUUGCCCGCCCUGACCCUGUGCGAGAAGAACCACGCGGCCUUCGAGGCGGCCUACCAGAUCGUGCUGGACGCGGCGGCCGGCGGCCUCGGCCACGCGCACCUCUUCACGGUGGCCCGCUACAUGGAGCACCGUGGCCUGCCGCUGCGGGCCUACAAGCUGGCGACGCUGGCCCUGGCGCAGCUUAGCAUCGCCUUCAACCAGGACAGCCACCCUGCGGUCAACGACGUGCUGUGGGCCUGCUCGCUCAGCCACUCGCUCGGCCGGCACGAGCUCUCCGCCAUUGUCCCCCUCAAUCGCAGCAUCCACUGCGCCCCCAUGCUCUCAGACAUCCUGCGCCGCUGGACCCUCUCAGCGCCCGGCCUGGGUCCCCUAGGGGCCCGCCGGGGUGCCAAGCCCCUGGGCACUGACCGGGCGCCACUGUGCCAGCUCUUGGACGCGGCAGUGGCCGCCUACAUCACCACCAGCCACUCGCGCCUCACACACAUCAGCCCGCGACACUACGGCGACUUCAUCGAGUUCCUGGGCAAGGCCCGGGAGACCUUCCUGCUGGCGCCCGACGGGCACCUUCAGUUCGCUCAGUUCUUGGAGAACCUCAAACAGACCUACAAGGGCAAGAAGAAGCUCAUGCUGCUGGUGCGAGAGCGAUUCGGCUGAGGGACCCAGGCGCGCCUCCCUGCUGGGGGCGGGCCGUUUAGCCAGGGAAGGAGCCUGCUGGCGCUGGCAGGAGGCGGCAUCCCACCACGUGCGUGCCUGGGAGUGUUGAAGGAGUGCAGGCUCGAGGAGCAGAAGCCAUACCGCCGCCCGGAAGCCCGGAAGGGUGUGUACUCGGGCAGCGCGCGUGACCCCGCCCCGGGCACCCCAUAAGCAAUAGGCAAGCUCUCCCUCCUCAAAACUCAAAGACCUGGCUUGGGCUCCAGGAGAGGGGCUGGAAGGCAGGACUUUCCAGAAACUGGCACUCAAUGUAGCAGACCUUCCUUGGGCCCCGCCGGGUUGGCCAGGGGACUUUAGAUUAGGACAUCUGAAUCCCCUCCUGCGCCCCUUCCUUCCCCUCCCCCACUGCUCAGGGGCCCCAUUCCCCUGUCCUGCGCCCUCCCAGCCUGCCAGGACCAUGCCUCGCUCCCACUGAAGGAUUUCAAGAGGUCUCAGACCUCAGCCACAUACCUCACUCCCUUGUCCCCAUCUGGCCAGGACCCCAUUCCCUUGGGCACCAGGGUCCCAGGGUGGGCUGGGCGAGGGCCAUCGCUGCCCCUCCCUCCACCCACUAGUCACUGGAUGUACAACUCAGGAACCAGGUGAGGCCUGUGUGCCCUCGAAACCUGGUGCUGGGGCAGAGACAGGCAGCUUGGUCUCUUCCAGCUGUUUGUCCCUCCCUUCCCCCCCCCUCACUUCUUACUUUGUCUCCACAUCUCUCUCCAUUCAGCCUGUUUUCCAUCUCUCUGGCCUCCCUUCCCCUCGCCCGAGUCGGCCCAGGAGGAGGGAGACUGUCCCUUCCCCACACAUCCCGUCUUUUCCCUUCUUGUAUAUUAAGGAAAAAGAUCGCGUCAUUUUGUAACUUUU